AUGAGAGAAUAUCAAAGAUUAACCGAUGCUGAUUCGCCUAUAGAUGGCGGAGACUUGUCAUCUAUAUCCAAGUCAAGACAACCAACGACGAUCUCGACAAAACCGUUAGCACCACCCCAAGAAAAUAAUGCAGAAACCAACAAUUAUAAUCACUCAUCUUCAGCAUCGAAAUUACCAUCACCAGUGAGACUACAACAUAAUCGAGGAUCUCUGCUAGAACUGGCUGUGUUGAAGUCAGCAUCGUCAGCAAAUCUCCCUCCUAAACAGCCAUCUACAACAUUUGAUCCUGAUGGCCAGCGUCGACCAUCAGCAGUAACAACAAGAAUUAAACGGUCGCUGAUUAGUUCUUUUACAAGCCCGUCGUUUUCCUCGCUACCACAAGAUGAAUCCGCAAGAUUAUCGUCUAAUACAAGACUCCCAAAAGAUUCUGGACAGGUGAAAUUAAUACUUGGGAUAGCGAAAGCGCUCGCUACAUAUGGUGCUCCUCUUUAUCGGGUCAGUCACAGAGCACAAGAAGCAGCCGACAGAUUGAACGUCCCCUUUGGAAUCCUGUGUCUGCCAUCUACACUCAUGAUUACGACAGGCGACGCUAGCCCAAAUCAUCCAACCCAGAGCCACUUUAUAGACUACACGUGUCGCAACCACGUUGGGAAACUACAAGACAUUGAUCGACUUGCCAGAAAAACACGAUAUUGUGCACCUCCUCGUAGUGGAAAGCACUCACCAACAAAGCCACCACCCAAUACUCUAAAAUCAAACGCAGCGUCCCCGAAUGGUGACGUACGUACACCACCACUGCUACAACGGAAACCGUCAAGAGCCUCCGAAAUCCAGCUGGACGAUGAUGACGACGAUGAAGACAAUGACGAAGACAGGACUACGAAAAGUGUCAAGAGGAAGGCCAGCUCUUCUUCGAUGAGGUUGCCACCUACCGUUGACGAACUUCUUGGUGAAUUGGACGACAUUAUCGAAAGAGAGGACGACUAUCCUGUGAUAGUCAACGUUAUUACGCAGGGCCUGUCUUCGGCGCUCUUGGCAUUGUUGCUAUUCGGGUCAGACUUUAUGGAAGCUGGAGUGUGCUUCGCCCUGGGGUGUAUAUCGGGUUUAACCAUCUUGCUGUCCGAUGCGUCAUGGUUGAAGUGUGCAGAGAUACUUGUACCAUUCACCGUGGCAAUUAUUUCUAGAUUAAUUCAUUUGACACCGUUGGGGCGCGACUUUUGCCAUCCCAUGGUCUCACUUGUUAGUUGCUCAGCGUUCUUUCCAGGUUAUAUGCUAGCUAUGGGAAUGUUAGAGGCGGGAUCAAACAAUGCUGGAGGAGCCGUUCGUGUGUUUCAAGCCUUCUUGCGGAGCUUGAAGUUGGGAUAUGGACUUUCUCUUGGAAGCCGUCUCGUAACAAGCAUGAUUGGAGAAUCAGAGCUUUCAGGAGGUGCUUGUGCAGCUCCUCAUCAUUCGAUUGAUUUAUGGCGGAUCCCUUUCUUUAUACCAUUGAACUUUGUUGUGAUGAUUAUGUUUAGAGCCAAGAUGAAGCAGUGGUUUCACAUCACAAUCAUCUCUUUUAUUUCCUUUUGCGUCAUCCUCGUUGGCACUCAAUUCUUUGCAAAGGACACUGCGACCCUUCUUGCAGCUUUUGCACUUGGAUUAGGUGGGAAUAUAUACGCUAGAUUGACAAAUGAUAUCGGAAUUGCAGCUAUUCUAUGUGGUAUGAUUUGGCUGACACCGGGUUCGCUGGGCGUGAAUAGCGCUAGGCAGAUGUUUGAUAGUACUAACGGUGAACUCGCUGGUGGUACCUUGUUUGGUAUUGAUAUGAUGACAAGGGGACUCUCCAUUGCUAUUGGAUUGUAUGUUGCUAAUGUCGUGGUUUUCCCCUUGUCCAAAGACAAAGUCAAGGCCGCAGACGCAACUCUUUAA